UCCCUCAGACUCUAACAAACAAGAAGACUAUUGGUUGUUUCUGCUGUUCUUUUGGACCAGUAAUCUUAACUGUCACAAUGGAAAGGAUGGGCUAUACUCCCGGUGAAUCACUUCCAAUCAUUGUUGAGAUUCAGAACAAGUCAUCUCGAUCAGUUGUACCUGAGGCAGCAAUUUAUCAAAUGCAAUCCUUCUUUUCAAAAAGUAAUAAAACAAAAGUACUAACGCGUCUGAUUAAAAUGAAUGGACAACAAGUGUCUGCAAAAACAUCUGAGACAUGGAAUUGUCAGAUCUAUGUACCACAAUAUCCUCCUCCUGUUCUUAAUUGUUCUAUUCUUCGUAUGGAAUAUGCACUAAAGGUAAGACUGAAGAUAACCGGAUCAUCUAGCUUGAAAAUAUGCAUGCCACUGAUUAUCGGAAGCAUUCCAGUACAAUCUGUUUAUUCCUCAGACUUUGUGACACAACCAUUUAGUUACAUCACCAUCUGAAGAUUAAGAGAAGAAAGAACAAAGGUGUCUCUCUAUCACCAGUACAAAUUUGAUCUUCUAGAGCUGACAACAUAUAAUCCAAGUAAUUGUUCAAAGCUGGAUUAAAACAUCACUAAUAUAAGAGUUAAUGGCACAAGAAGAACAAUAACAGUUGUAGUUUGUGAUUUUGCAGCAUUUGUUUCAGGAACAGUGUCUGCCUGUGAAAAGAAGCAGAUGUCAGCAUUACUUGUAAGGACAUACAAUUCUAGCUGCUAAAACUGGUAUUUUAUUCUCUAUUCAAGGACAAUCAGAGUUUUUGUGUUUAACAGACUGUUGCUUGAUAUGAGAUCACAUGAUUAGUUCUGCUUACAUGUUCCACAUUUCCUGCUUCAUCUGUACACUUUUAUAUGUAUUGUACACAUAACUAUUUUGUCUUUCCUUGAAACAGAAUUGAAAUAUUACAAUUCCAAUCAUAUUAGCAACUGCUGGAGCAUAAGUUGUGGUCAGCUAACUGUUUCACUAAAAAAGUCUGUAACUGGAGGUUGAUGGCUGGAGUUGAUGUUUCUAUGUAUAAUCCAGAAGGCAAUAAAGCA